CCGUCCCCAUCCAUCCAUCCAUCCAAUUCAUUCAUUAAAACGGAGCUACCCAACCCCGUUUCCCCCAUUCAUCAGAAUUACAAGUGUAUCCACACAUCCAUCCCAUUCCAAUUUUCACAUACACAUACAUACAUCACAUCAUUACCAUCUCCGGCUCCGGCACCGGCACCGCCAGCCAGUUUGCUUCACUCUUCAACUUAUAGCAACUAUGUUUUCCCACUUGUUUGCUUAAGCGCGCUUCUGUUGUGUUAUUACAACAUGGGUGCUUGUACCUCAAAGCCUCCAAGACCCAAUCCUUAUUCCCCACAAGAAAUCUUUCCACCUCUAAAGACACCAAAAAUUGAUGAACCCCAUAAAGACAAUGAAGCUAAAAAAUCACCUUUCUUCCCAUUCUACUCACCCAGUCCAGCUCGUUUUUUUCUAUCAAAGAAAUCACCUGCCCGUCACUCUUCUGCUUCUAAGAGUGCCAAUUCUACUCCAGCCAGGUUGUUUAAACGACCCUUUCCUCCACCUUCUCCCGCGAAGCACAUUAAAGCUUUGCUUUUGAGGCGGCAUGGUAGUGUUAAGCCUAAUGCUGCUGCUAUACCUGAAGGGGAGGAAAGUGAAGGUGCUAAUUUGGAUAAGAGUUUUGGGUUUAAUAAGCAGUUUAAUACUAAGUAUGAGAUUGGAGAGGAAGUGGGUAGAGGUCAUUUUGGCUAUACUUGUUCUGCUAUCGUUAAGAAAGGUGAACUUAAGGGUCAGAAAGUUGCUGUUAAGGUCAUUCCUAAAGCAAAGAUGACAACAGCCAUUUCCAUUGAGGAUGUCAGAAGGGAAGUUAAAAUUUUGCGCGCCUUAACAGGACAUACCAAUCUCAUACAAUUCUAUGAUGCAUUUGAAGAUCGGGAUAAUGUCUACAUAGUGAUGGAGUUAUGCCAAGGAGGAGAGCUUCUCGAUAGAAUACUUGCACGAGGCGGGAAGUACUCAGAAGAGGAUGCGAAAGACGUCAUGGUACAAAUAUUAAAUGUUGUUGCGUUCUGUCAUCUCCAGGGUGUUGUGCACCGUGAUCUUAAACCUGAGAAUUUUCUGUUUUCAUCCAAUGAUGAAUCUUCCCAGUUAAAAGCCAUAGAUUUUGGCUUAUCAGAUUAUGUGAGACCAGAUGAAAAGCUUAAUGACAUUGUUGGAAGUGCAUAUUAUGUAGCACCGGAAGUUCUGCACAGAUCAUACGGUAUUGAGGCUGACGUGUGGAGUAUAGGUGUGAUAGCAUAUAUUCUUCUGUGUGGUAGUCGUCCUUUUUGGGCCCGCACAGAGUCUGGAAUCUUCAGGGCCGUUUUAAAGGCUGAUCCAACUUAUGAUGAAGCACCUUGGCCAACUCUAACUUCGGAGGCUAAAGAUUUUGUCAAGCGACUAUUGAAUAAAGAUCCUAGAAAAAGAAUGAGUGCUGCUCAAGCAUUAUGUCAUCCUUGGAUGCGUAAUCAUAGUGGCACAAAACUACCGCUUGAUAUUCUUAUAUUUCGACUCAUGAAAACAUAUAUGCGAUCAUCCUCUUUGCGUAAGGCUGCUUUAAGGGCGUUGUCGAAAACUUUGACAGCAGAUGAACUGUUCUAUCUAAAGGGUCAAUUUGCAUUGCUGGAGCCAGACAAAAAUGGCAGCGUAAAGCUAGAAAACAUAAGAUCAGCGCUACUGAAAUAUGGAACAGAUGCUAUGAAGGAGUCUCGGAUUCCAGAUUUUCUUGCUUCGCUAAAUGCACUUCAAUAUAGAAAGAUGGAUUUUGAAGAAUUUUGUGCAGCUGCCUUGAGUGUUCAUCAGCUGGAGGCUCUUGAGCGCUGGGAGCAACAUGCUAGGUGUGCAUAUGAAAUUUUUGAUAAGGAUGGCAAUAAGGCUAUUGUUAUAGAAGAGCUUGCAUCUGAACUUGGACUGGGUCCUUCAAUACCAGUUCAUGCUGUCCUUCAUGACUGGAUAAGGCAUACAGACGGAAAGCUAAGUUUUCUUGGUUUUGUGAAAUUGUUGCAUGGUCCUUCUACCCGAGGACUUGCAAAGGCGCAGUAGCAUUUGAAAAGCCUUCAGGAUUGCUUGUGAUACUGGAGUCUAGACAUUGUGGCUGAGAUAAUCUUCAAGCAUUUCCACAUUUUACAGAUAUCAGCUACCUUGCAGUGAAACGCCAAAAAUCCUUGGCCUGCUCUGAGUUCAAUUUGCUGGAGUAUGUUUGAUCCACGGGUUUCACUCUCAGCAUGUACUGCCCGCUUGUACUUCCCCACCAUAUAGUGUAAAGAUUUCUGAUGGUGUGCGCGGGUAAACACAUGGUUGAUUGGACUAGCAGUUGUUUGUUACCAAGGGGAAUGGUCCUGGUUGCUGCAACUCCUGCCAACAGGGAUUAACAAGAUGAAGUGACUGGUUUGCCACUUAAGUUGGGAUUGUGGUCUCAGUAUAGAUGAAUAGGGCCUUAGUUUAUUCAGCGGUGGAAUUGAUUGAUUUCUAUUUAUCAUCAAAUUUGAGUCCAGGCUAAAGUUGCCGGAUUUGUAUCUUAGCAGAUAAAGGUACUUACUAUUUGGAAACCAAAUGACUAAAAUAAUGCUGUCUCAAGUAAUGCAUAUUCCUCAAA